UAUUUUUAUGCUUCAUCAAAGAACGAUCCAAAAAUCAUCAAAAUCUUUGUACGCCUUUGUACUAUCACCUUUUCCUUUCCACCACUCUCUUUCACCUUCUAAAUACGAAAAAAAACUCCGCGUCUCAAGCUCUCUCAAAUGAGUAAGUAGAAGGUGGUCCAUGGAGUUGCUACAGCAUCAGUUAAACCAAGUUAUUAAAUUUUCGAGAUUAUUUGGAUCGAUUUAGUUAUCAGUGUUCGUUAAAUAGUGAGGUGAGCUUGUGCAACAACCGUUUUUAUCUACAAAAUGUUUAUUUUGCGCCGAGAACUCAACGAUAAUAAUGUAGACUUGAUAAACAACGCGUUCUCAACGAGUAUAUCGAUAAUUUAAAAUAUAUAAUCUUUAAAAUGGAGAGACAGUAUUAUUAUUACGCUGGAUCAGAUGGUGGUAAGAAAAGCCUGACUGUUUUCAUCGUUGCAAUCGUUCUAAUAAUCAUCAUAGUUAUAACGGGAUUAUGUGUGGCGUUUUUAGUAGAACGAAUGGUGGCAAAUAUAAUUUUGAUAGUUCUCAUUGCCUUGUUAUUAGUGAUUGGAAUAACGUCGUUUUUAUAUAUUAGGAAAUUAAACAAGGAAGCUUUGCUUGAAAGGCAGGUGCAUAGGACUUUAAACGUUGUUCAACCAAGUGCGCCUCCAAUGAGUAAUCGAAAUACUUGGUCAAGGAAUGAAAAACAUCCGUUACGUUGAAAUUUCUUACCUACAAAGUUGUAAAUAGUGUAAAAAUCGAUUAAAUUGUUACAAAUAAAGUUAUUUAUAGCGAUAAGUUAA